UCACUGUUUUUUUUUUUACUCCUCAGGUUCCAUGUGAACUUGCAGUGCGGUUCCAGUCAGGGGGCAAACAUCGCCCUCCAUUUCAACCCACGUUAUAAUGACGGCCACCCUUACGUGGUCACCAACACCUUCCAGUACGGUAACUGGGGCUCAGAGGAGAGGAAGCAAAGCACGCCGUUUCACUCUGGACAAAACUUCACCCUGCAGAUCACCGUUACACGGGAUUUCUACCAGGUCGGCAUCAUCACCUCCUUGUCUCAUGUUCCGUUUCCUCCCAGGUUCCAUGUGAACCUCAGCCACCAGACUGGAAUCGCUCUGCAUUAUAAUCCACGUUUCAACGAGAACACGGUGGUCCGAAACACCAAGCAGCAUGGGCAGUGGGGCUCCGAGGAACGAGGCGGAGGAAUGCCCUUCCAGCGAGGACAGUCUUUCUCGCUGACCAUCAUCUGUGAGAACAGCUCUUUCCGGAUUGUGGUUAACGGGAUGCAGGCCCACAACUACAACCAUCGCUUUACUCCUCUGCAUAACAUCAACACCCUGGAGAUUGAUGGAGACGUCCAGCUGACCUCAGUCAUUGUUUAGAUUCUGGGUUCACUAAAGGAAGCAUAACUUUUAACACCUCACUGCCCCUAGCAAAGGAAGAACAAAAGCAACAGCACAUAGUUCAGCUUUUAUCAUAGAAAUGUUGAAUUUCUGGAGCGUGUUGUUUUAAUCCUAGUGUGGUUUUUUGCUGCCAUCUAGUGGUCAAGUUAUAGAGAGCAACCAAAUAGAUAUAACCUGGAUCUAUUUUAGCCGUAUAAACCUCUUAUCAUUUCUUUCAAAGAUUUUUCUUUUACCAACUAUUCUGUCUGUAUUUAACUUGGCUUUAGUUUCUCAUCUUGGCUCAGUUUGCUUUAGCUGAUUUAUGUGAAUUUACUCAGUUUGUUCUUGUUCCGUUACAUUUUAUCAGCCUCUUACUGAUAGAUAUGUUACUGUUUCAAACUGUAACUUUAAAGUAAAGAACCACCAAUAACAAGAUCUACCUUCACCCCCCUCCAUCCCCCCAUGUAUCUGUGCUCAUUGUUACUGUCUACAUCAAUAAAUCAUGUUAUGGACCACUC